CAUGUGUUCAAAGGAAGGAGAAGAUGAGUCAAGAGGAAUUUAAUGUUGAUUUUUUACCUCUGAUCUAUGAUAUUAUAAGAAGCAUUGAACGUGAUACACAUGAAUCCAUUCAGAAACCUAGAGAGAAUUUUGACAGUGGGCAAAAAAUACAAGAAUUGAAAAAUAAACUGCAGCAGUGUCGAGAACAUAUACAAAAAUUACCGGGUAUCGAUUAUACAAAAGAAGAACAGUUACGUCGUCUGGAUGCUUUACACAAACAACUUAUUAUGAAACGAGAAUUACUUGCAAAGUAUAAGAAUAUGUGUAAUUUUGAUAUUCCGAAGAUAUGAUCAUCAUAAGAUAUAAUUUAUAAAUCAAAACUUUGCUAUUAAAGGAAGUAUAUAAUGGAAAUUGUCAGAAAAUGUAUCCUUCUAAAGUUAUUUCCUAGAUUCAAUAAGAUAAAGCAUUUAACACCUAUAAAUAUUUUGUGUUAUUCUUAUAAAAAUAUAAAUACAUCUAACUUAAACAGAUUUAACGUAAAUAUUAUGAGGUGUGCUGUCUUUAAUACUGAUAGAAAUGUAAAAUUUCGUAUAUUUGAUAGCAAAUACUUUGAUUUUCUUCAUCAAAAUGAUUUGUAUAAAGAUACAACAGUUCGUAAUAUAAAUCCAGUACGAUCUGAUACCGAAUUAUUAAAUACAAUUAGUUUAGAAAAUAUAAUAAAAUUAAGUGAUGAUGAAUUAAAGAAAACUCUGAUUGAACUUAUAUAUAAAAGAGAGAAUAAAAAUAAAAUUUUACCAUAUUUUGAUGAAGAGUGUGUUUCACGUGUGGUAAAAUGGAAAGUUGCUACCUCUCUAUAUUUUCUUGACAUCUGGAUAUUAAUUGAUGAACAGUUUACCCUCGGUGGCAAGUUUUUUAAUGUCUUGAAAAAUUUGUGGUGUAUGCAAAUACAUUUUUGUACGAAAGAAAAUUUAGUACAAAUGAUUUAUUAUUUAGGAAGAUCAAAGACUCUUCCUCCCACAUUAUUAAUUAAACGACUUGAAAGUGCUCUGAUUAAGAAUUCUGCAAGUAUUAGUUUUGAAGAAUGGGGAAUUAUAUGCACUGCAUUUUUCAAGAUGAAAAUAAAGAUAAAAUCAGAACAGUUGCUGCAUAAAAUUGUCAGUUUUAUAAAAAACAAUAUUUGGAUUAUGGAUCGGUUUGAUUUAAUUUCAAUGCUAAAGGUAAUCCGUCAGAGUUGUUACUAUGAUGAAGAUUUCUUCAAUUUGCUUAAAGAUUAUGUUAAAAAAGAGUGUUGGAAUUUUACUCUUGCAGAAUGUGUACAUAUUCUUGCAGCAUUUGCAAAUGUCAGAUGGUAUGACAAUGAAACUUUUAAGUAUUUAGAAGCCCAUGUUAUGAAGUAUUUAAAAGAGGAUUCAACCGAUAUAAGAUUGAAAGAUAUAAGUAAAUUUUUGUGGGCUGUAUCACAUGUUGGUCAUACGUGCCAGUCUGAUAAUUUUUUCUUCAUUAUAAUCAAAACGAUUAAUAAGUUUAACAAAAUUACUUAUAAAAAUUACCAUCAGUUGAUUGAUUGUGUUCAUUCUUUGAUUAUACUUAAUUAUUAUGACAAUAAUAUUAUUAGUAAAGUGCUAAGUAAUUUAGUAACCAAUGAUAGGGAUAAGCCAAUGUAUCAAUUACGCUUUAUAGAUUAUUCAAUCAAAAUAGAAAAACCUCAACUAGAAUAUAUUCGGCUUCCAGAAAAUUAUGAUAAAGUCUUCAACCUGCCAUUAAAAACUAUAUAUAAAGAUAUUAAUGAACGGUAUGGUUAUGAAGAUUUAUUGCAAAUUCUUCAAAGUUAUUGUAAUGGGACGAAACCAUUUCAAAGUUUGUUUAUCUUGCCGCACAUACUUCUAUCGAGCAUCUGUCUAGAAGUCAAAAUUGUUGAUAAUUACAUUAGAUUGCUUGAAUGUAAAAUACCCAUUAAAGAAAAUCUGAUAGCAAAAAAUAAUAAGGAAAAUGAUAGAAGUGAAACUCGGAUACGUAUAUGUUUUGAAUUAUUAGACGAAUCAGUCACUCUGAGGUCUAGAAAUGAUGUAAUCGGCUUGAUGAAGACCAAAAUACGUCAAUUAAACAAAUUGGAUUAUAGAGUUAUAACUGUCACACCAGAAGCAAUUGUAAGAAUGAAAUCCAUGUCUAAAGAUGAUUUAAAAUCUUAUUUAGACUGCAUAAUUUUGGAAGUGUCAAAAGAUUCAUUACUUCAUGUAACUUGAAAUUAUUUUCAUAAAUAAAUUACAAUUUUAUAUU